AUGGAUGAUGAUUCUUUGUCUUUAAAAAGUGAUAUUAUUCAUUCGUGUCCUAUGGAUAAAUCAGAUAAUUCGUCGAUAAAAUGUUCUAAUAGUUUGUCUAAUCAAAAUUCUAAAACAAGUUCAACUACAAGUCAAAAUAAUAAUAAUAAUAAUGAUACUUGUCGUACUGACACUGCAGCAACAUCAACAUCAUCAACAACAACAACGGAAGAACGACCAAUUGAAACAAUCACUGAAGAUUUAGAACCUGCUUUACGACGUAGUAAACGUGGUAAAGGUCGACCUAGCAAUACUCAUAAUACUAACAAUAAUAACAAUAAUAAUAAUGAUGGAAAUUCCGAUGAUCAUGUUCCUUCAUGCAUUAUUUCUGGUAUUGAAUAUCGUACAGGUGAUUUUGUUUAUUAUGAAGAGCCAGAUUUUGAAUAUUACACCAUUGGUUUAAUUGAAGAAAUCAAAGUAUCUAGACGUGACAAAUUUUCAAUAUUCAUUAAAUGCUUUUAUCGUACACGUGAUAUACCGGAAAUAUCUAAACAAGGUCUUCCUGAUCGAGAUAAUUAUCCAGUGAAUUCUAAUGUAAAAUUGAUUCGUGAUAUAUUUGCUCGUGAACUAUUUGUCUCUGAAGUACAAGAAACAUUACCAGCAAAACAACUUCGUGGUUUAUGUAAAGUGAAUUAUUUGCCUGAUUUAAAAACUGCCUUAUCGACAUUUUCACCCGAUGAAGAUGAUAGUUUUUUCUAUGUGUUUGCGUAUAAUCCAGAAACACGUCGUUUAUCGAAAAUUCGUGCAGAAAUACGUGUUGGACAAGCCUAUCAAGCUUUACUGCCUGCAUUUCGUCAUCCUCCACCGGCUAUGUAUCGUUUCGGUCAUAGUCGUGGCAGUUUUCGUCCAGGUAAACGUAGUCGUACUUCAGGAGCAAUAGCAGCUCCAUUGAGAACAUCAUAUAGCGCCGCCGAUCAAGAUGCAAAUACGUCUAAAUGUUGUUUAAGAAAAAAAACGCAUUCACCAUCAUCAUUGCAUUAUCGUCGUAAACACCGGUGUAAAACAACGGCUCCUCCUCCUCCUCCUCCUACUACUACUACUACUGCUACUACUAACAAUACUGUCACUACUACUGUUAACAGUAAUAAUAAUGACAGUUCAACAAAUCAGCUAACAGAUAAUAAUCCAUCGGACAAUGCAAAAUCACCUAAGAAUGAUGUUUCAUUGAUCAAUUCUAAUCUGGAUAGUAAUUUUUCUGAAACUUCAAUGUUGAAUACUGAUAAUACUAAUAAUGAAAAAUUGAAAACGUCUUUAGAAUUGUCACAAAAUGAAGAUCAUCUCUCUAAUAGUAAUAAUGUAAUGUGUGAACUACUAGAAACUACUCCAAACUUAUCAGACAACUUAAAAACUACUGAAGAGAACACUGGUGAAUUAGUAGUAGUAGUUACUCAACAAUCCAUAGAUGCACAAAUGUUGAAUUUACCGCCGAAAUUAGAGAAUGAAAAUGAUUUUAAAGUUUCUUCAGAUACUAUAACUACUACUGAUUGUGUUCAUUCUCAUCGUCAUCAUCAUGAUGGAAAACAUCAUUCAUAUUAUAAAAAACAAUUGCAUCAUCGAAGAAAACGACAUCGUCGUUGGCUGCGACGACAACACCGCCGACGAAGACGAUUGCAACAUUCACACUCUAAAGAAGUACUUGUUUGGAGUCCUGGCGGUUUGUCGUCUGCUCUCUCUGGUGGUGCUGGCAAUGUUAAUUGUACCACAAAGAAAUUGGAUUAUUCCAGUCACAUUGGUUAUCAUCAUCAUCAGAAUAAUGAUGAUGUACAUAUGAAUGAGCAUUUCAAUGAUGUAUCCAUAACCAGUAGUCAUAAUACAGAUUUUAAUUCUAUGCUAUCUGAUGAACCAUUAAAAAAUUAUUUAGAUGCUGUCAGAUCAAUGGUGGCAUUUUUUGGAUUCGGUGGAGCUGAUGACGAUUUAACAUCAGCUGAAAAUGGUCUAGUAUUAGCUAAUUUAUCCGCAACCACACAACAUGCUUAUGAUACAUUACACCGGUGUAAUUAUUCGUUAAAAAAUGCUCUACAAGCAAUAUCAUGUAAUCCUAUUGUGGCUAAGGAUACUCCUAGACAUUGGACAGCAGAUCAAGUUCGUUUAUUUGCACAUGCUUUACGUAUUCAUGGUAAAGAUUUUUUUAAAAUUCAACGAAAUUUCUUUGGUGGGAAAACAUCUGCCAAUAAUAAUAAUAAUAAUAGUGGUAAUAACAAUAGUAAUAGUAAUAACAAUAAUAAUAAUAAUAACGCUAUCAACAGUAAUGGUAAUACUACUGUGAAUAGUGUUAGUCUUGCUUAUUCAAGUCAAAUUGGCACAGCUGGACGUCUACGUGGUCGUGGUCGUCGUAAAUUAGGUAGUAACAAUGGUGUCUGUUCAAGCGCUUCGACAACAUCAAAAUUAUCCAAUUUGAAAUCAGAUGAAAUCAACAAUACCACAGUCACAGCAACAACAACGAUCUCGAGUAAAUUGGCUGAAGUUAAAUCAGAGGAUGUGACAGUUAUACCUACCUCUGGAUCAUCGCAUGACGGUGGUGAAUCAGUUGAAAAUGGUGCCAUAUCAGGUGUCACUAAACAAGCUUGGCUUGGUAUUAUUGAACAUCGUAAAGCUGCUGAAUAUGAAUUACGAAGAUUGUUAACAUUGAAGUACACAGACAAUGAACAUGUGAAUUAUGCAAAAUCCACUUUAAUGAAUGAUGAUGAUGAUAAAUCAGAAGUGAUUGAUUCAAAUCAACCAGAAUCAGAAAUUGAUGAGAAUUAUGAUUUAGCAAACACUGGACAUGAAGAUGUUGAUCAACCAAUGACAUCUGGUGAAAGAAAAACCGAAGAAAUUACAUCCGUUUCUACGGCAUCAAAUGGUAAUACAGAGUCACUAUCGUCAACUAGUCGAUCACGUAAACAACGUCUAUGCAAAAACUGUGAUGCCGAAUUGACGUCGACUGUUGAUGGUCCACCUUCACCUAUGCCGAAUAAUCAUCAUUUAGGACAAUUACGAUUACUUUGUCCGGAUUGUCGUAUUCAUUUACAAAAAUAUGGUGAAUUAAAGUGUACAUGGAAAGACAAAGAAAUGACUAAUGUAUCUGAUACAUUGAAUUUAACCACUAAUGAUGAUAUAAACUUACAAAAGAAAGAAUUAACCGAUGAAAUCCCUAUAAAUAACAUUAAAGAAGAUGAAUUAGAAGACGGUCAACAUACCACUAUAAAAGAUGAGUAUUGUGAUGAAAAAAUACCUGUGAAUGCCACGACAACAAAACCUACACAUCCGUCAUCGUCACCAUCAUCAUCACCUCACUACUACUACGACCAUCAUGGUAGAAAACAUAAGAAACCUGCAUUGCAUCGAUUAAAGCAACCAUCGCAUUCGGAUGAUUAUGACUCGUCAACUUACUUGUCAUCAUCCCCAUCAGUAUCUUCACGUAGUCUACACAUGGAUAGAUAUUAUUGCUCUGCUUCAUCGUCCAUUUCAUCUUCACCGAGAUCAUCAUCUCAAUUGGAUGAGGACGACGACGACGACGACGAGGAUUCGGAUUAUAUCGGAUCUGAUUAUGAAUCGGACAAUUCAUCCAGAAGCAGUGGUAGUGGUAGUAGUAGUAGCAGUAGUCGUGGUUCCAUCGGUAGUAACAAGUCACAUGAUUUAAAUGAAAUCCAUUCAGAGAAUCGUUAUCGGAAAAGAAAAAGACGAAAAGGUUGUUCACACAGCAUUGAUCAUUCACGUGUAAAAGGCACAAAACACACAUGCAACAAUGAUGAUGAUGACGAUAUAGAAUACAUGUGUAAACCACCGCCUAAAUUGGAUGAUAUCAGAGAUUAUGAUUGUGGUAGAGAAGAGAAUCAAAAUAAUAUGGAUAUGAAUGAUUCUUAUCGACCUGAUGGUAAUACUGCUACUGCUACUACUAAUAAUAAGAAGAAGACUGUUUUACAAUCAUCUGAAAUUCUUUCAAGUUCCAAUCUUACUGAUUCACGUGAUACAAAAGGACAUAUUUCCAAUGUAUUGUAUUCUAAUACUACUACUACUACUACUACCAUGAACAACCUUACUGAACAAAAACAAGACUUUAUAAUGAAAUUACCACCUUCUAUCGAUACUACUCAUAAUAAUGAUGAUAGUAAUAAUAUUAUUGAUAAUCGACAAUUGUCUGGUGAAACUGAUGCUGAUCGUCUACAACAACAGGAUGAUACUACUACUACUACUACUAUUGAUGAUGAUGAUGAUGAUGAUGAUGACGACGAAUUAGAAAUUGAUAAAUUGAUCACUGCAACCAAUGAAUCCAAUCCAUCCUCCUGUUUCAUUGAUGCACAUCGUUCUACAUGGUCACAUCUUGUACGUAUUUGGAAUAGACAAAUACAAUAUACUUCACAUAAACCAAUAGUAGUGACUUCUGAAGCAGAAGCAGCCCCAGCAGCUGCAGCUGAUUGUCAACAAUCAACAAUGAUUCAAACAAAUCAUGGUUCAUGCGCUCGUACUGAUCUUAUUUAUAAUGGUCGUGGUGGAUUCAAUCAACAUCAUUAUAAUAAUAAUAAUAAUAAUCAAGACUAUUGGACUGUACAAAAGUAUAAUUUAUUGAUAAAAUACUCAGAUACAGCUAUUGGACCUGGUGUUAAUCAUUUUCUCUCAUCUAUGGCAUCAACACUUCCUAAUCAAUUCAAUGGAGGAUCAUCAGUAAAUCAAAAAUCAGAAAUAUUAAAUUUAACUUCACCUUCUCCAACUGCCGCCGCCGCUGCUGCUGCUGCUGCCACUGUUGCUAUUACUACGACAACAACAAGCUAUACACCUAUGCCAUGUCAUCCAUCUCCAGGUAUUCAUGAUACUUCACCAACAACUGCUCUUGAUUUAUGUUCUCGUAAUAGUAGUAGUAGUACUAGUAGCAGUGGCACUUCAAAACGACCAUAUAUUCCGUCUUCAUCAUCAGAACAACCAUGUACAAAAUCUCGUCGAUCAUUACAAUGUGAUACCGUGAAUAAUUCUUACCUUCAUCAUUCAAUUUCAUCCAAUGUUCCGAAUGCAAAUAUCAUUGGUACCACCUCCAAUUCACUAAUACCACCGUCAGUCUCAUUAUCAACAACCUGUGGAUUGAGAUCGACUGUUAAUAGUACUACUACUAAUAAUAAUAUUAGUAGUAGUAAUAAUAAUAAUAAUAAUCUAACAAGCCAGCAACAACAACAACAACAUCAACGACAACUUCAAACUAUGUAUGAACAAGCAUUGAUAUUUGCUGCAGCCGCUGCAGGUCACUAUCAUCCACAUAGUAGUGACUAUCCUUCUUCUUCUUCAUCUGGUCCAAUGCUACUACGUGAUCCAUGUAAAUUUUUCCCAACUAAUUUUGAUUUGUCUAAUCAAACAAAACAGGUUCCAAUUGUAUCUUCACCAAAUCUACGCUUUACGCAUUCAAAUACAAACAAUAGUAAUAGUAAUAGCAAUAAUAAUAACAAUAAUAAUAAUAAUAAUAACAGUCCUUCAAUAUCAACUAGAUUAGGUGCAGCAACUGGUACAUUCUAUCCACCAAUUUCAUCAUUGUCAACUUCAACUGGUCACUCGUCUUCAUUAUCGUCUAACAAUAAUAAUAAUAAUAAUAAUAAUAAUAAUACUAAUAAUAAUAAUGCUAAUCUCAACAAUACCUAUGGUGGAAUAAACAAAUCAUCGAUUAGUGGUGUUGGCACUGCAUUCAAUUUCAAUCUAACCGAUACCCAAUAUCAGUCAUUGAAUUUGCCAUCGGCACAAAUGUCUAUGCCGUCCGGUGUUGGUGUUGGUGGUGUAGGUGUAGGUGCUGGUUCUACACCUAUUCUUCAUGGAACAAAUCUUAAUCUUACUACUGGUACCAGUGGUAGUAGUUAUUACAAUGGUUUGGGAUCUUCAUCAUCGAAUUCACCUUUGUCAACAAAUCAAUUUUAUAAUCAUCCAGAGCUUUUACAACGACAAUUAGCUUUAAUGGGACUACUGCCACCUGGUUCAAUGACCCCAACUGAACCUGUCAUGCCUAUUGCCUCAUCUUCAUCAUCAUCAUCAUCAUCAUCAUCAUCAAUAGUAGAACAACGUGAAAUUGAAGCAUUUCAACGUAUCAUGUCUGAACGACUUGAAUAUUUAAGAAAUAUUACAAAUCUUCAUCAACAACAACGUACUCUAACCCCAAUGGAACAAAAUUAUCAACAACAACAACAGCAGCAACAACAGCAACAACACCAACAACAACAACAAGAAUUGUUAGCUGCUGCGCUUUCAGCUGAAAUGGCUUCAAGACUUGAAAAUAUGUCUACAAUGUAUCCAAAUCCAGAUUAUUUAUUCCCAUUACCGUCAUCAUCUUCAUUUAAUUUAUCAAUUAAUAGUGAAAGUAACGGUGCCAUGACAUCGGCAGUGAAUAGUAUCUCUACUCGACCUACAGCAUCUGUACAAUUGCCACAAAAUACACGUUUUCCACAAACAUCAUCUCAAUGUUGUACACCAUCAGGAUUAUUAUUAUUGAAUGCACGUUUUCCUUCGAAUCAAUCAGAUAUUCAUAGUAUGAAUAAAACACCACCAAUGGCACAUCAUAAUAAUUCUUCUUCCUACACUGCUACAUCUCGUGAUAUUUCUGUCAAUUUCAAUGUAAAUAAUUCAGUUAUGUCAUUGAAUAAUAAUAAUAAUAAUAAUAAUAUGGUGGCCCCACCUGCACCACCACCACCUCCUACUGCUACUACUAAUACUACACGUGUUCCACCACCUUUACCGCAUAUACCGUAUAGUAGUACACCUGGAACUACUGGUCGAUCGACCAAUCGUAAUUCAUUCAAUAAUAAUAAUACUAGUAGUAGUAGUAGUAAUAAUAGUCAAUCUGUAUCAUCGAAUUUUCAAGAACAAGUAUUCAAUGCUGCUAAAUUGGCUAUGAUGGCUGCGAAUAUGCAAUCUGAUCCAAAUAAGGCAUUAACAUUUGCAAGUUUAGCUGCUGCAGCUUUCACUGAAAUGGCAUCUUCAUCAUCAUCAUCAUCGUCGCCAUCAUCACAGGAUAAAAAGUUACCUUCACGUAAUAAUGAUCAUUCUUCAUUAUCAGCAGCAUCUCAUCAUUCAUCAUUGUCUGGAAUACAAGAGAAUUUAUCCCAAAGAAAUCUCAAUAUUCCAACAUCCAAUAUGCGAUUACGUUCUCCUGUCAAUAAUGGUGGCCAGUACAAUUCCGAUUUUAAUAAUACUAAUAGCAUGCCUACUACUCCUUCAAAUGUAGUAAUGUCGAAUUUUGCAAAUCAGAAUACUACACCUAAAGAAAGACGACGUCAAAAUGCUCAUUUAACUUCCAGUAAUGUUGGUGGCGGAGGCGGUGCAGCUUCUCAGCCAUCAAAUCGUUUACAAUCUCCACCUGUACAUUAUUCACAUUCAGAAUCUCGAUCAUUUGGUAAUAACAAUAAUUAUAGUAAUAACAACAAUCGUACACCGAUUCCAACAGCAGCAGCAGCUAAUCGUAUGCAUCCAUCACAGUCCGGUAAUAAUGAUGCUGUUACAUUUGGUUCAACAGUACCUGGUGUUGCUAGUGGUGCUGGUGGUGGUCUACCUGCUCCAGCACAACUAGCACAAUUAGCCCAGCUUGCUCAAAUGUCAGGACUUCCACCUGGUUUUUCAUUUCAGGAUCCAGCAGUUUUGAAUGCUUUUGCUUUGGCUGCAGCAGCAACGUCUUUAGUGGCGAAUGGUAGUGGCGGCGGCGGCGUUGGCGGCGCCAACAGCGCUAAUCAUUUCGAUUUACUUGCAGAUAUCAAUGUAUCAGCAAACCCGGUCGAUCGAUAUCGAUCACCUGUUCCAUCGUAUACAUCUCCACAUCAACAACAACAACAACAACGUUAUCCUCCUAUUAACAAUGCACAAUCACAGCAGCAGCAGCAGCAACAACAACAACAACAACAAAAAGCGGCAGCUGCUGCCGCCGCCGCAGCAGCAGCAAUGGCUAAUGCUUUCGGUUUACAAAACUUACCAAAUCAAUUUAAUUCACGAUGA